AUGGGCGGACGUAGUAUUUCAGUACCUGGCGCGAGGACUCUACCUGUAGCCCCUUCCGACAGUCCAUUGCCAUACCAUCUCGCACAAGCUGCCGCUACAACACAGCAGAACACACCUGGAUUUGAUGAUAGAAAUGAUGUGUCAUACUCUGAUAUGCAUGCAAUAGAGCAGGCCGGGCGAAAUUCUAUGUCCUCUGUGGAUGAUUACGAAUCUGACGAAGAGAUUUACGAGGACGCGGACAAAUUCCAAGAGUGCAUUUACGAGAGCUUCUCAUAGACCGACAUCAAUCAACAACGUUGGCGGGACGGGGAUCGUGCUAACACACCUCGCUAGUCAAUACGA